GAUAGAUAGCCCGGGCUGGACUGGAGGGAGGCAACAAAGAGAGACCAGCUCCGCCCCGCUGCACACCAAAAGCUACCCCUCCUUCGGGCACGCGGGCGGCCGGCAGGGGAGAGAGAGGGCAGCCGAGGCGGCUAGCCAGCGUAGGAGCUUAGGUAGGUUGUAGGCAGGCAGCCUCGCUUCGCUCAUGCAGCAGGGCGAGUACCGCUCGUCGUCUUCCAGCGAGGGCUCCGCGGGGUCGGCUGCUGCGGCUGCGGCGGCCGCGGCCAUGGCGCCCCUGGCGGCUGCGGCCGCGGCGGUGGCGGCCAAGGAGGAGCACAACGUGACGGUGGCCGUGGCGCCGCCCAUGCCCAUGGCGAUGGCGAUGCCGCUGCAGCAGCAGCAGCCGCGGAAGCAGUACCGCGGCGUGCGCAUGCGCAAGUGGGGCAAGUGGGUGGCGGAGAUCCGGGAGCCGCACAAGCGCACGCGCAUCUGGCUGGGCUCCUACGCCACCCCCGUCGCCGCCGCGCGCGCCUACGACACGGCCGUCUUCUACCUGCGCGGCCGGUCGGCGCGCCUCAACUUCCCGGACGAGAUCUCCGCGCUGGCGCUGUCGUCGCCCGAGGCCGCCGGGGCCGGCGGAAGGGAGGAGCCGGGCGACGGCGGCGGCGCGCUGUCGGCCGCGUCGAUCCGGAAGAAGGCCAUCGAGGUCGGGUCCCGCGUGGACGCGCUGCAGACCGGCAUGACCACCAUGGUCGCCGCGCCCGCGCACCACCGCGAGCGGCAGCGGCUCCACCACCACCACCACCACGCGGAGCCGCACGGCGAGGAGCUGCACCGCCACGUGAAGCAGCAGCGGACGGCGUGGAACGGGCGCGCCAAGAACCCGGAUCUCAACCAGGCGCCGAGCCCGGACACCUCCGACGCCGAGGCCGAGUGAAGCAGCUAGGCAUCAAAGAGAAGCAGCGGCUUCCAGUCCAGCCAUCCACAACCCGCCGCCCAUGCAGCUAGCUAGUCUCCGGAGAGCCGCCAGCCGGCGUGUGAUCAAUCAGGUUCAGCACAAGCAGCUCAAUCCAGUCCACCCACCCACCUACUGUUCCGCCUGUCUCCCUAGCAAGCUCCGCCGGGUGCGCGUCGGAGAGGGCGGCGAGGUGCCGGUGGUCGGUGGGUCGGUGGCCGGAUUUUUCAAUACGUCGUUCUGGAUAAGAACAAGGGAGGGGGAGGGGAGGCGGGGGACGCCACAAGUGGCGGUCUUUCCAAAUGUCAAAAAAGACAGCUGUAACAGUGAUAAAACAAUCGCCACCAUCUUCUUUUCUCUCUCUCUCUCUCGCCGUCUCUUGCUGGCUGUUAUCGAGUAGAUAAGCAUCAAUUAGCAGUACAAUUUUCUGUUAAUUAAUCGUCCCAGUUGGCCGACGCCA